AUGACUAGGAAGGCCGAAAAGAUUCAGGUGUAUGCCGACCGCAACGAAAGAAAGAACUUCUCUGCGAUCAAGACAGUCAUCAGUACCCCAAUCAAAGGAACCGUGCCGCUUCUCAGCUCUGAUGGAUCAACGCUUUUGAUGAAGAAGUCGCAGAGUCUAAGACGCUGGACCGAGCACUUCAGAAGCGCUCUCAACCGUCCCUCCACAAUCUCUGACGAAGCCGCUGGUCGGCUACCCCAGGUAGAAAUCAACGUCGGCCUAGAUCCCCAGCCCCUCCUUGCAGAAAACAUCCGCACCGUACAACAACUCUUCAGCAGGAAAGCAUCAGGCUGCAGUGCAAUCCUGGCUGAAAUCUACAAGUACGACGGCCAUCGUCCAAUGAAUCACCUAUCAGCAAACUUCCAGGAGAUGUGGCCCUGCGGACAGAUCCUUCAGGACCUCAACGAUGCAACAAUAAUUCACCUCUGA